AUGGAAGAGCAGAUGAAAUUUCUACACGAUAAGCAUGUCAAAUUUUUUCAGCGAAUUCUACAGAUUUUACCAAGCAGAUAUGCCACCCUUGACUCUAAUAGAAUGACCAUUGCCUUCUUUGCCUUAUCUGGAAUAGAUGUAUUAGAUAGUUUAAAUGUAUUGGAUAAAGAUAGAGAUAAUAUUAUUGAAUGGAUAUAUUCUUUACAAGUUCUACCAAAUCAGACAGAAUCUAAUUUACAUCGUUGUGGGUUUAGAGGGUCCCCAGCUAUUGGAAGUUUUUAUGACACAGAAAAGGCUCAGAAGAAUAGUAUAAAGUAUGAUUGUGGACAUAUAGCUGAUACAUAUACUGCAUUAUCUAGUCUAGUUAUAUUGGGUGAUGAUCUCAGUAAACUAAACAAACGGGCUAUAUCAGCUGGAUUGAGAGCCUUACAACAAAAAGAUGGCAGUUUUUGUGCAGUACCUGAAGGCAGUGAGAAUGAUAUGAGAUUUGUAUUUUGUGCUAGUUGUAUAUGUUAUAUAUUAAAUGAUUGGAGUGGAAUGGAUAUAGAUAGAGCUGUAGAAUAUAUCAAAAAGAGUGUGACUUAUGAAGGCGCUAUAGGUCAAGGUCCAGGUCUUGAAGCCCAUGGUGGUCCAACAUUCUGUGCAAUAGCAUCUUUAACUUUAAUGGGGAAAUUACAAUCAACAUUCACACAGAAAGAAUUAAAACGUUUAAAAAGAUGGUGUAUAUUUCGUCAGUCAUCAGGGUUUAAUGGUAGACCAAAUAAAGUAGUUGAUACUUGUUAUUCUUUCUGGGUUGGAGCUACAUUAAAGAUACUAGAAAUAUUUGAGUUGUCUGAUGCAGAGUUUAAUAGAGGAUAUAUUUUAGAAACACAGUCAGAUAUAACUGGUGGAUUUGCAAAGUGGCCUCAAACUUCUCCUGAUGCACUCCAUGCCUAUUUUGGUAUUUGUGGUUUAUCAUUAUUGGGUGAACCUGGCCUUAUUAAACUCCAUCCAGCUUUAAAUAUUAGCCAGCGUGCCUCAGAUCAUCUUCAAUACAUACAUCAACAAUGGAAACAGAACUCUUGA